GAACAAGAAGAAGAAGAAGAACUCAAUUGGCAACAACCUUCAACUCUUAUUUCUCUAUACAAUACACAGCGCACCACUCAGUUCUUCCUAGUAGUAAGAUGAAGCAUAAACAACCCUCUUCUUCUUCUUCUUCCAUUACAGUCAUGGGCUUCUUCUCUCUCCUCUUCCUUCCCUUAGUUUCAUCCCAACCCUGCAAGAAAUCAUGCGGAGACCAAAUCCUAAGAUACCCAUUUGGCAGCAGCCCUGGCUGCGGCGACCCCCUUUACCAGAACUACAUAACAUGCGACCUAGACCAACACCAACUCAUCUUAACCACCCACACCGGCUGCUACACCAUCGAAACAAUCGACUACGACAACCAAAUUCUACACAUCACUGACCCAACCAUGUCCACCUGCUCCUCUACUCAGCCUAGCAAGGGCUUUGGCCUCGACUGGAACGCCCCCUUCACCUUCCAAGGUGACAACGUUUUCGCUCUCCUCGACUGCUCCACCAAUUCAUCCCCUCUCUAUAGAUCCGACUUCACUAGUGGUUCUAACUCCACUGCUGCUAUGCCUUUUUGUGAUAACCAGGGUGCACCCGUGUGUAGUCUCCUCUAUUCCUGCCCUGAUAUCAGCACCCUCAAUCUACCCAUCUCCACUUGUUGUGUCUACACUCCUGUGGAUCUUGGCCCGGCCUUUGAAAUAGACCUGCAAAAGCUGCAAUGCACCUCAUACACAGCCAUAUACAGCUUCAAUGGUCAGGAAUCCUACCCUGAGAGCUGGGAGUAUGGGGUGGCCCUUAAGUACCGGUUUAAUGUGGAAAAUGAGUACCCAAGUGAUUGUAGGAAUUGUGAGGAUAGUAAUGGUGUGUGUGGCUACACUGGAGCAGAUAACUCAUUCAUCUGUAGCUGCAUUAAUGGGAUUAAUACCACUACGGAUUGCUACUUCGCUGCAUCCGUGAGUGACAAUGUGAGACUGCUACCAAGGCUGAUGAGGACUUUGGUGAUCUCCUCUUUAAUCUGGUGGGAAUUGUGUAGAUGAUCAGUUUGUGUAAAUCCCUUCAUGUGAAACAUUGAGGGUUACAAAAACAGUUCAGAUCUUGAUCCUAUUUCUUGGUUUAAUUUUCUUAAUAAAUUGUGCUAAUUAAAUGGAGUUAUGUGUAUAUAAGAACAUUGCUAUAGGCUCUCCCAGCUUGCAAAGUGAGUCCUUUUGGAUGUUCUAAAGAUUUAAAAAUGAGAAAGAUAAUCCUACUCUCAACUUUUCAAGGAAUUGGAUUCGUCUUCCUUUUGGUGUUAUUCCUUAUUUGCUCCAUUAAGAAAAGAAUCGUUUUCAAUAUAAAGGUAUAUCUUGGCCCU